AGCUAGCGCCGCGGCGCCACCAACCGUUUUGCAGGGUGUGCGGCCAGCGGAGUGGUGUUUGCUGGGAGUAACCCGUGUUUCUACAAAAUAUCGCAGUGAUCUUUAUCCCAUGGCAUUUAUAUGAUGCAGUGAGUUUUGUGGAAAACAUCAAGACGCCAGUCAAUCAUGGGAUAUGCAGACACGGCGCGCCUUCUUAGCCAUCCUUCACUUUUCACAACUGUGCCAUCGACUUCGUGAUGUGCUUCUCUUGUGUGACGUGCAGGUAGUGCUGAAAUGUAGAGCUACUCUCGUAGCUCCAGCGCAGCUACAGCUGAAUUUAAUAUGAAUAUCAUGCGCAAGCUCCUGGUGGGGGGCCACCAAGGAGGUGGCCGAGGGGGUGGAGCUACUGAAGAGGGAAGCUCUCAGAGCUCCUCUCAGCACACAGCCCUGGGCCUCAUGCACAUGCACAAGCUAUUUGCGGAGUUGACACACCCUGGUCAUCCCCUUACGCAGCAAGAACAGGAACAGAGGCUCUACAACAUGUUGCCUCUAUUCUGCAAGGUCUUCGAAAACAGCCCAGCACCUGACAUUGUGGACAAAUUCAGUGAUGUUCUUGCCUUUUCAAAGCUUGUGUCAAAGCUCAUGGUGUCAGAGAUCAGGCGACGGGCAUCUAAUCAAAGUACAGAGAGCGCGAGCAGUGCGAUAGCCAAAUUUCUGGAGAUUGAGAGCACAGAGGAGCAAAGCCGUGGCUGGAUGCUGCUCACCAGUAUCAACCUGCUAGCCUCCGGGGGUCCCCAGCUGGUGGAGGUGAUGACCUCCAGUGCCCUUCCCUCCACCCUGGUCAAGUGCCUGUACCUCUUCUUCGAUCUACCUGAGCUCAAGCAGCCGGACCACUUGGAGCCGCAUUGUGAGUUCACCGCGCGGGAGAGGCGGAUUUUGCUCCAGAAGGUGUUUGUACAGGUUCUGGUGAGACUCUGCAGUCAUGCUGCUCCGGCGGAAGAACUUGCUCGGAAGGACGACCUCACACUGCUUUUCAGCGCCAUCACCACGUGGUGUCCCCCCUACAACAACGUGUGGCGCAAGAGCGCGUCCGAAGUUCUGAUGACUCUCUCACGUCACGGACUCACGUCUCCCGUUGUAAACUACAUUCACAGCAAAGGUUGUGUCUCACUUUGUGUGGAAAACGUUCAGCGUGUCCAGGAGCUCUCCCCACUGGAAGUGGUGGAGAUGUUUGUCACAAUAUUUUGCUUCCUAAAAGAUUCCAGUGAGGUGUCACAAGUGCUUCUUGACGACUUUCGGUCCUGUCAAGGCUACGUGUUCCUCUCCGAGUUUCUUUUAAGGUUGGAACAAAAUCCUUCACAAGAGGCAUGUGAAGCACUGAGGAAUCUGGCAGUGUUGAUGACGUCUUUAACUACCUGCGGUUACUUUGAGUUGAAGCCUAGCCAAGCAAGCACGGGCUCCCUGUUUCAGAUUCCAGGGUUCACACUGCCACAGCCAUCUGGAAAAGGUACAAGUGUGCGGAACAUUCAGGCAUUCCAAGUGCUCCAGACUGUUUUCCCGAAGGCCCAAACGACGCACUUGUCAUCUCUACUUUUGGAUGCAAUCAGCACCAUCUAUCACUCAGACAAAGCAAAUUACUUCAUCUUGGAGUCCAGCCAUCCCUUAUCACAUUUUUCAGAAAAAAUUCAUCUCAAAACGGCUGAGAUUCAGGAGAAGUUCUUCAGACUGUUAGAAUUCAUUGUCAUUGAAUUGAAAUUUGUGCCAUGCAAAGAACUUAUCAGUCUCAGCAUACUUCUGAAGACAAAUAGCUCAGUGUCUUGUUCCAUUAUCUGCUUACGCACACUAGCCAACGUGUUGCAGUUCAAUGCUGUGUUUAAAGAUGUGUACAGAGAAGUAGGCCUACUCGAAGUUCUUGUUACCUGUUUACAUCGUUAUGCCACUGUUCUCAAGGAAGCUUUUCCUGAUGGCGAGGGAGAGCCAGUCGUUAAAGUCUCUAUACCAGAAGAGCAACAGCAGAUGGGAUGCCUUGUGAUGGAAAUCCUGACUGCACUUCUCAACGGAAAUUCCAAUAAUGCAAGUGUGUUCCGAGAAUGCGGAGGGGCCAGGUGUUCACACAACCUUGUGCCGUAUCGGUUAUGUCGGCAGCAAGCUCUGGGAAUUGUGCAGCAGCUCGUGCUCAGUAGCGGUGGCGAUGACGACAUGGGUACCCUUCUCGGCCUCAUGCACACUGCCAUGCCCCUCGCCCUUGACCUGAAAAACCACAUUUUAAAGUCACUCCUGUUUGUUCUUCGAGAGAGUCACCGAACGCGAACCGUGUUCCGUAAAGUUGGAGGCUUUGUGUAUGUGAUGUCGGUUCUGGUUUCGAUGGAAGGAUGUUUGGCAGAUCCCCCUAAAGAACCCUGGAACACAGUUGAAAAGAGACAGAUUGUUUCCUUACUGCGUACCGUGUUUGGGACCAUGACAGUGGCCAUGCGAUACGAGCCAGCAAAUGCAAAGUUUUUUGCAACCGAGAUAUGCCAAACCAGCCUGGCAGAUACAGUGAGACUCCUCGGUUGCUUCACGAAUGUAACUGAUGUAUCUCCACAAGGUGAAACUGCAUUCUCACCCACAGAAGAGAAUGUCUUUCAUUCGGUCUUUUUGGGACAGAGUGACGGCUGCAGUUUGGAUUUGAACAACAUUCCAGCACGUCUUGUGUCAGCUGUCAUGGUGAUGCGACUUUUGUAUGAUAUGGCAUUGGAUUCUUUUGACAAGCCAAUUGCAGCAACCAGGUUGAUGACGUGUCCUCAAACGUUGCACUGUGCAGUGCAGCCAAGCGAAGCAAACAAAAAGACAGACUCUACAAAGGGCAGCCCCGGAAACAAAAAGCCUGGUUUGGCCACCCUCAACCUCUCUCCACCAUCUCCAGAUCCACUCAUUGUUCAUCCAGGGGUUGUGGUUGCCAUGAUGCACCUCAUUCCUUCUAUUGAGAAUGGAGAAGAACCACAGAUGGAAGUGACACUGCAGCUGUAUCUUGCCGAAGUACUGCGUUCCUUGGUGCGUUCAGAACGUAACCAACAAGUGAUGUGUGAAGCAGGCCUUCCAGGUGAACUGCUCACAAAGUGCAAAGCUGGUCUGGAAGAUGAAACACACCCAUUGCACAUUCCCCUUCAGUACAUGUUGGAACGACUGGCGGCACAAGCACUGGAACCUCGGGAUCUAAGAACAUUCCUACGUCUGGGGUCUCCUCUCUGCUGCACCACUUUUGCCAGUACUGAAAACAGUAACAGUAAAACACUCGCCAAGCCUUUUAACCGGCCAGCUAACCAAAGGGAUGGUGGUCCCGUCCCCCUUACUCGUAUCAAGACCCUGGUUUCCAUGACAACACCACGAGAUUGCCGCCUACAUGGAACGCUUAUCACUCCUCCCUUCGUUGAAUUUGAAAUGGCCCCCGAGGGCUUCAGUUGCCUCUACCUGUGCAGUGUGGCACCACAGAGCGUCUCUGGACCACCGAUGGUAGGAGUGAGCAUGGUGGGUGGCGCGCCUGACAAUGUCAUUGGCGGAAUUGGCAAUGGAGACCGUAUGUUUCCACCGCAACCUGGACUGUCCUUCUCGACGUGGAUCAGCGUAGAAAAAUUCAGUGAUUCUCAUGAGGACCCGCACUCAGUUCGUUUGCUCACCCUCGUGCGAAACUUGCAUGGCCGGGAUGACCACCUUGUCUGCUUGGUCAUACAGCUUUCGUCACGUGACAAGGCCCUUCUUAUCUCCACACAGGAGAUACCACUACCUAACAUCACCGGUGCAGAUUGGGAACCUGAAGUCCGAGAGGAAGGCUGUGUUCGUAUAUGGACUCCCGAGCUACUACAGGAAGGCCAGUGGCAUCAUGUGGUGGUUGUGCUCAACAGGGCUGUCCUCAAAAACAGCUCUGUCUCUCUCUACAUCGAUGGUCAACACGUCUCAACACAAAAGAUCAAUUAUAUCUCUCAAAAUCCUGGUGGAGGUGCAGCCAACCUGACAACAGCGUCUUCCGUGUAUGGCUUCAUCGGCACACCUCCACAGUUUCGACAUCCUUCACGUCUAGUCUGGAAGCAAGGCCCAUGCCACCUACUGGAGGAUGUCACUUCACCACAAGUCGUCCACCAAGUUUACUCCCUUGGGCCCAGCUAUGUAGGGAGCAUGCAGGCAGCGGUGCUGACUGGCACUGAACCAUUAUCUCCAAUGGUGAAUGAAGAAAAAGUAGUCUUUGGUCUGAAUGCAACUGCAGUUUCUGUCAUGACCCUUGCCAAAAUUAGAAGAGUGUACAGUAAGACAGACUGUAAAUCCAUCGCCAAGAUGCUUGGGAUGUCAUCUCACGAAAAUGCAACUCCGAUUCGAAUCCUUCACAACUCUGCUGCUCAUUUGAGUGGACCUGCUCGUUGCAUUGGAGGUGUUCUGAUCGGAUAUCUAGGAGCACGGACCUUCAUUCCGCGACCUGUGGCCCUGACCUUGGAAAACAUUGGUGGUGUGGCAGUUCUCCUGGGGCUUGUGGCCAUGGCUCAGGAUGUUGAGGGACUCUACGCCACGGUAAAGGCGCUGGUAUGUGUGGUACGAAGCAACCGUGCCGCGCAGCAGGAGAUGGACCGUACAAAGGGCUACCAGACUCUGGCCAUGCUCCUGAAAAAGAAGAGCUCUUUACUGAACAGCCACAUACUGCAUCUUGCCUUCUCCCUUGUGGGCACCGUGGACAGCGGCCGCGAGACAACGGUCAUCCCAAACAUGACCGCAUUCGAGGACUUGCUUUGCAAUCUCGAGGUGUGGCGAGAUGCUCCCGGUGACUUGCAAAAGUCCCUUUACGAGCACUUUCAUGAGCUGAUCACAGAGUCCAGUGAGCAAAAGGCAAACCUGAAAAUCUUACGGGAGAUGGAAAUCAUCACUCGGCUCUUGAUGAUGCUGCGUGAACCAAGUCUGAGCACGUCGACCAUCCGUCUGCUCUGUAAUUUGCUCAAGACACUUCUCCAGAACACGAACAGAUCCGGAGACGUACUCCGGUUUGGACAGUUCAUGGUGUCUACCCUGCCAAGUUCUUCCAUUUCUGAAAAGCAUUUGAAUUUAAAGAGAGAGAUGGAUGCUUCAGAAAAUGCAGGGUCCAUGGAUGAUACUGCACUUCUCAUUCACUAUGUGUGCUUGAGGAACCGGUGCCUUCAUAUACUGCAUCUGAUGAUCUGCCAGAGCACAAAGCCUGUGAACACUAUGUUUUGUGAGGAGCUGGCGCACGUCCUCGGUUUCGAUUGGUUCCUCCUCUUCCUGCAGGGGCACUUGCACCCCACUACCAUUGUGCUUGCUCUGCAAUUGCUCACCGUCCUCCUCAGCCACCCCCCACUCAUGCAGAAGUUCCGUGAAGCAUCCUCCAAUGGCGGCUGGCUGACCGAGACGGACCUAGUUCUUCAGCAGCGGACAACUGUUUUUCUAGGCUUUAACGUGGCUGCGGCUAACAGCAAGCUGGGUAGCGGAAGUAUCAAAGCAGAAGUGUACCAAGUACCCGGAUUUCAGCAGCUGCAGUGGCUUAUGUGCCAGCAUGUAGCCAUUGCUGAUGUGCACUUUCUUCUCCUUGCCAUGCUCAUGGCACGUCCAGUGUCACGGAUUCCGUGCGGCAUGCAGUUUUCCUUGGACAACAUCUGGUCGUUCGUCUUUGGGGUACCCCCAGGACAGUCUGUCACGACCCAGGGGGAUAUAAACUCUGAACUGGUUGUCGUGCUACUGGCAAUGGUGCGCACAGUUCUCAACCAGCCUGCAGGGAAAGAGGCUUGCGUAGACGACCACCCUGUCACCAUGGUACAGUUCCUAAUGUACCUGUACCACAACAGAGCAGAUUUUGCAACUGUCUGUAUGGGAUCAGACAUCUUGUGUGCUCUGACAGCUACACUUUUUCCCAUCUGGAAUGGAGUGCAGGAAACACAUUCCCCCAUGGGUGACUUUCAGAUUCUUUCAUCGACUGAUAACGUUGAUGGCAGCUGCGGUCUCUCUAAACACCCUGCUCGCAAGUACAUAAUGGAUUUUCUGAGGGUCAUCAUCGUGGACAGUCUAUCCUUGGCAUUCCCCACAAAGCAGCCGCCCGUCACUGACCUCGUGCUAGAUGCCUUCCCAUCACAGGCAACACUGAAUCAACAGAAGGAGUUUAUAACUGAGAUACUUUCGUCUGUUAUGGAACACCUCCUUGCUGCUGAUGUAUUUCUCGGCGAGCAGGCUGCACUACCCAUUGCUGCUGGUGGAAAAUAUUCUAACAUUGCACCAAAUGUUUUCUACUUGACUUCAUGUCUUGUGGACAAAUUAUGGCAGGGUGUCUACACAAGAGAUCCACACGAGGUCCUGGACUUCAUAAUCAAGCUGCUUAGCCAGGUCAAACGCAAAGGCUUAAACAUACAAGCAGAAAGCAUGUACAAGAGCCUCAACAGAGCGUUGCUGUUCAUUUUGUCACGUCCAACAGAAUCUGUUGCUGAUCAGAUGACCAAGUUGGAGUGUUUGCAAAAAAUGAUCAUCCAUCGCUCACUUAUGGUGACAACUGCCAACUGUGAGGCAGACUUCAUCCCAUGUCUUUGCUACUGCUUGCUUCAGCUCACAGCUGAUGCUCAGAUUAGCAUGGAGACUGUAAGGCGUACCACAUGGCACAUCAACCCUGCUUCAUUCUCUGACCGUAGCCGCAAUGCUACAGACAAUAGAGCGCUGUCAUCAUCGGAAGAGGGCACACUGCUGGUCGCAGCAGCGGCUUGCAAAGUGUGGGAGAUAGUGUACCUAGCCAAAAAGCAGGUUCUAGAAGAGCUCUGCAAGGUCACCCUGCCUUCUGCAGAAGGCAGCUCGGGUCAGAUACCCGACUUGCAGUCGUUGUGGAAUGUGCUGCACGAGACGUCCUGUCGUUCGUGGAUGAACUUCCUCGACAUGGAACGUCGCAGUGGUUACACGAAGGAGGUGGUGCAGACGCAAAUACAGACUGUCAGUCAGAAACUGCAGAAGGUAACGGGAGGGCUGACACGACUGGCUAGCCGCAAGAUCAAGCGAGAGCAAACAACACGUGUUCCGCUGAGCAAUCUCACAUUCCAGGAGGUAGACAUGUGGACUCAAGUACACAUCUCGAUUGUGCAGGAGUUGGUUGACCUGCAAGUGAAACGACAUCAGCAGAAUCAACUACAUCUUCAAAAAGAUGUGUUUGAAGACUGGCUUCAGAUGGAGUCAGAGUUGACUCAGGAGAGAGGCUUGUGGGGAUCACCUGUUGGUUCACCACUAGACAAAUGGAUGCUGGACAUGACAGAGGCUGGUCCCUGUCGCAUGCGUAAAAAAAUGGUAAAGAAUGACCUCUUUUACAUCCACUACCCAUACAGACCUGAGGCAGACGGAGGCGAUAACCGAGCUCUCAAGUACAAAGUUGCUACUAGCUUCGACAGCAGGGAGUACUAUAAGCACUGGAGACCUGACAGCUUGGUGGAGAGUGACUCCUAUUCUCCAGAUGUGGCCUCUGUCGUGUCAGAAGAGUGGUCACAAGAUGGAGAUAACACAGAGGAACGAGAAAUUGGUUUUCAAGGCUUGCACUCAAAACUGCAAGUGAACCGCAGUGUCAGCGAGCAGGAUGACGAUAAUGAGAGUAUAGACCCAUCAUCAGAUGCUUCUGAGCAAGAAUACUCACGGAAAGAUGACACACCAGACAACCAGUGUGUUCUGCGGCUACUAGAAGAGGGCGAGAAGAUUACGCACAUGUUUCGCUGUGCUAGAGUCCAAGGCUUGGAUACUUAUGAAGGGCUGCUGCUAUUUGGAAAAGAAUAUUUCUACGUCGUAGAUGGGUUCACUUUGUUGAAGACGAGGGAGAUCAGAGAUAUUGAUUCGUUGCCUGCCAACAUGCAUGAUCCUAUUAUUCCAAACUCUUCGCCAAAGAAUAAACACCAGAAACGAAUAUGUAGCAAGUUUUCUUAUGAUGACAUCAGAGACGUCCACAAGCGCCGUUACCUUCUGCAACCGAUUGCCUUAGAAGUGUUCUCUGCUGAUGGGCGGAACUACCUCUUGGUGUUUCCUCGCAAAGUACGCAACAAAGUCUACGCUCGGUUUUUGGCUGUAGCCACAGCAAUAACAGAUAGUGCCCAAGAGUCCCUGGCGGGACAACGUAGAGGUGCCAACGUUGAGUCUGGUGCAAGCUUGCUGAGCAACCUGAUAGGAGAAACGUCAGUUACUCAAAGAUGGCUUAGGGGAGAAAUUAGCAACUUCCAGUACCUGAUGCACUUGAACACAUUAGCAGGGAGAUCCUACAAUGACCUCAUGCAGUACCCUGUUUUUCCAUGGGUACUUGCUGAUUAUGACUCUGAGGAGCUGGACUUGAAUGACUCUGCAACAUUUCGGGACUUCAGCAAACCCAUGGGAGCGCAGACUAGCGAUCGCUUGGAACAGUUCAAAAAGCGAUAUCGAGAGUGGGAUGAUCCUCACGGUGAAACGCCGCCAUACCACUAUGGUACGUUUUACUCAUCUGCAAUGAUAGUUGCUUCGUACCUCGUUCGCAUGGAACCUUUUACGCAGCACUUCUUGAGACUCCAGGGUGGUCAUUUCGACCUCGCUGAUCGGAUGUUCCACAGCAUCAAGGAUGCCUGGCUGUCUGCUUCCAAACACAACAUGGCCGACGUGAAGGAGCUCAUUCCAGAGUUCUUCUACUUGCCAGAGUUUCUGUUGAAUAGCAAUAGGUUUGACUUGGGCGCUAAACAAAAUGGUGUUCAACUUGACAACAUUGUUCUGCCAGCCUGGGCAAAGGGAGACCCAAGAGAAUUCAUACGAGUACACAGAAUGGCACUGGAAAGCGAUUAUGUGAGCGCGCACCUGCACGAAUGGAUUGAUCUCAUCUUUGGGUACAAGCAGCAAGGGCCACCGGCAGUUGAGGCCGUCAAUGUCUUUCACCAUUUGUUUUAUGAGGGAAAUGUUGACAUUUACAACAUUGAUGACCCUCUCAAGAAAAAUGCCACCAUUGGUUUCAUCAACAACUUUGGACAAAUCCCUAAGCAGCUAUUCAAGAAACCCCACCCUGCGAAAAAGUUGACCAACCGGACAAGCGUGGUUGAUCCUGGACCAAUUAUGCCAGGUUUAAGUUACUGCCAUGACAAGCUCUUUUUUCAUAACCUCGAUAAUUUAAAACCAUCCCUUCAUCCAAUCAAGGAGCUGAAGGGCCCCGUUGGGCAAAUCAUUCAGCACGAGAAGUCAGUCUUAGCCGUGGAGCAGAACAAAGUUCUCAUUGGACCACUGUACAAUCGCUACGUGGCAUGGGGAUUUGCGGACUACAGCCUUCGAAUUGGCCCAUACGAAAAUGACCGUGCUUCCUUCGUGUGGGAAGAUGUGCCUUCUGGAGAGAUUCUUUGUUGUUCAUGUCCUGACAGUAAAAUCAUCAUCACUGCUGGUACAAGUUCGGUGGUGACGGUGUGGCAUUAUGACAAGAAGAAACUGACCCUGAAGCGCAACCUGCAUGGCCACACUGAGCCCGUCACGUGCCUUGCAGCUUCCAGGCCCUACAACAUUAUAGUUAGUGGCUCCAGAGACUACACCUGUAUCGUAUGGGACCUCAGCCGUUUAGUAAUAGUGCGUCAACUGCGAGGUCACUCUGCUCCUGUGGCUGCUGUCGCCAUCAACGACCUCAUGGGAGACAUAGCUACGUGUGCUGGAACAUCCAUCACGCUGUGGACCAUCAACGGCCAAGAGGUUGCCAGCGUUAACACAGCCACUGGACGCAGCGAUCGCCUGCAGCAAAUCCUCUGCGUAGCAUUUUCUCAGCUCAACGAAUGGGACAACCAAAAUGUCAUUAUGACUGGGUCGAGCGAUGGAGUUGUCAGGAUGUGGUCAGCAGAUUACAUCCAGAUACCUGUAGAGGACAAGAAGGAGACAAGCUCUCUAGCACCUGCAGAUGUGACCUCCCCAGAGAAGGCACCUUCCAAUGCGCAUAUUUCAAACCCUGGGUCACCCGAUCAACAAGAGACAAUGAAAGAAAAAAUAGUGCGCAAAUUGAGUGCCGUAGACACAGAAGACGUAGACAGCUUCCGGGUACAGGGUGCACCUUCUGUGCUCGUCAAGUGUGACUCAGAGAGCUCCUUGUCGGAUGAGGAUGCUGACUCUGUGAAGAGCUUUGGCAAAGGUCGAACGUCUCCACCGUCUGCAUCCACUGCAAACGCUAAAUGGAGACAAGAUGAACGCCGCCCGUCGCUGCUGCAGCAUUCACAAACUGUUGUUGGUCUGCUCAAUACUCAGAAUCCUAAAGCUGCUCUUGAAGAACACCAGGUUACAAAAUCCACGCUAACAAUUCCGCAACACUCAAAAGACUCUCAGGAGAGUCCAGAUGACGCCAAGUCGGCCACACUGAGGAUGAGCAAAUCUGAAAACUCACUGACGGAUUCAUUUGUGAUGAUAACAGAAGCGGAUGUCGUGGAUGCCGACAAACACGCAGAGAUGAGACGUGCAGGAUGGCGAAGAAACGUCCUCAGAGAAGGCUUCAGGUGGACCUGCCAACUUGUGUUUCGAAGCAAACUGACAAUGCACACUGCGUUCGACAGGAAAGACAACACCGAACCAGCGGCAGUAACUGCGCUGGCUGUUUCUAAGGAUCACAAGACUGUGUACGUGGGUGAUGCACGGGGUCGGAUUUUUACGUGGAGCGUGACGGAACAUCCGGGACGAGCAAUCGCAGACCACUGGGUGCGCGAUGAAGGAGGGGACAGUUGUCUUGCAUGUGGAGUACGUUUCUCCUUCUCAGAAAGGAGACAUCACUGCCGCAACUGUGGCCAGCUUUUCUGCUCGAGGUGUAGCCGCUUCGAAUCGGAGAUAAGCCGGUUACGGAUAUUAAAGCCGGUGAGAGUCUGCCAGACCUGCUACACUUCCCUCAGAUCAACAGGAGAUACCUAAGGCAGCAGUAGGGUUCUAGUCAGACAUAUCCGUGGACAUUCCGUAGUCGAUGUAAUAUAGUCGCCCCUGGUUGUAAAUACCGUUCCUGUACAUAAUACGUGUUGUGUGUUGUUGUGGUCCAUUGACCAGUCUCACAAGAGAGAUAGUAGGUAGUAGCAGUUGAAACUUGCUUGAUAAAAGUGAAGCAGCUAUCAUGCUUUUGUGACAGACAGGUGUUACUGUAGAUCAUGUAGAACCACCAAAGUAUGAAGUGAUAAAUUAUAUGGACUGUGUAAGUCAAUAAAACAAUAGAACUGACUACUAGCACAUUUGUAGAGAAGCUUUAAUUUCAAAUUUGCUUUAUUUAUGCAUUUUUCCCCUUUAUUUACACCCCUGUGUUCACUUUUACAAUAUAAAAAAUAAAUAUUUCGAUAUGCAA